AUGACAGUGUCUCCGAAAGUUGCCGCUCUCCGACGCCAGAUGAUUGGUCAUGGAUCCUGGAUGCUCAUGUCCUGCCUCUUAGGCGGCGUUGGUCUGUGGAUGUACAUCAUCGGCGGGUUUGAGAUCAUUCCCGGCUUCGUUCUCGAAUUCGGCCUUUGGGGAGAUGAGGCCGGCUGGUUGCGGUGCCACACUGGCCCCGCCGCCAACGCCUUCAUGGUCAUUGUCUCCGCGCUCGGGUUGCCCUACAUUGACAUGCCCGACUCGACUGCCGAGUGGAUUGGCUGGAUCAUCUUGAUGGAUGGCUGGUCCAAUGUGGGGUUUUAUUUCUUCGGGAACAUGUCACCCAACCGUGGUCUGGCGUUCGGCAAAAGCCGCCUCGGCCCCUCCAACAUUUUCAGCAUCCUGGCUCUUGGGCCGGCUUAUUUCUUUGGUGUCCUCGCCAUCGGGGCCCUGGGGUAUGUGAAUUCGAAGUCUGGAAACACCUUCAAGAUUCGAAACCCUGCCGAUGAUAGCCUUGUCGCCUCUGACAUUCACGUUGCUGGGCCCAAAGACGUAGACGACGCUGUAGCGGCGGCAACUGCAGCAUUCAACGGCCCAUGGAGAACUCUAACGGGGGCACAGCGAGGCGAGCUGCUACACAAAUUUGCUGACCUACUCGACGACCACCUUGGCCAGGUUGCGGGCCUAGAAACCCAGUCAAUGGGGAUUCCAAUUUCUAUUUCCAAAUUGUUUGCCAGUGUGGCUGUUUCUUACUUCCACUAUUACGCCGGAUACGCCGACAAGUUGGAAGGGGAUGCGUUCCCCGCUGAUGAUGGCGUAUACAAGAUUGUUCAGAAUGAGCCACUGGGGGUAGUCGCCUCUAUUGCCUCGUGGAACACAAUCCCACUAUACUUCGGGUGGAAGAUCGCCCCAGCAUUGGCCACCGGCAAUACUGUCAUCUUUAAGGCAUCUGAGAAAUCGCCACUGGGAGCGCUAGCUCUGGGCCGACUUUUUGUGAAGGCUGGCUUUCCUCCUGGUAUUGUUAACCUGGUGACCGGAGGCGGGGAGACUGGCCAUCUGCUAGCGAGCCAUCAAAAAAUUCGAAAGAUAAGCUUCACUGGCUUGGUAACUGUUGGAAGGAAAGUCCAAGAAGCCGCCACCAAGAGUAAUCUGAAGAGGGUGACAUUGGAAUUAGGAGGCAAGAGCCCAGCCAUCGUAUUCGACGAUGCGGACCUUGACCAGGCAGUGUCAGCAAUUUCGCAAGGCUUUCUCCUGAAUUCGGGACAAGUUUGCGCUGCCGCUAGUCGUGUCUACGUGCACAAGAGUGUUGUCUCGGAGUUUGUGGCUACGCUGAAGGCCAACUUUGAGGGAGCCAUGGCAUCUCAGAUUGAAAGCGGAACGGUAGCAGUCAACUCUGCUUUUCUGCCAAGCCCGUCAACGGCCUUUGGUGGAUUUAAGCAAAGUGGUAACGGAGGUCGCGAGUCUGGCAAAUAUGCUUUACGCGAUUAUCUCCAGACAAAGACAAUUCAUAUCAAGUAA